AACCGCAUCGGUCGAAUCCUUAAAAGAGAAUUUAUCAUUACUAGGCGAAUGCGUACUUGCGUGUUCGUUCACUACUUCCGAGUUCCGAGUGUCUUCACCAUUCCCAAAGAGCUUUAGAAAGAGAUUAGAGAUGGAUCAUGUAUACAAAGGUCAGCUGCAAGCAUAUGCCCUCAAACAAAAUCUGGAGCUACCCGCGUAUGUCACUGAGCGAGAAGGGGCUCCUCAUGCUCCUCGGUUUAGAUCUAAGGUUACAUUUUGUGGACAGACUUACCAGAGCCAGGAAUUCUUUCCGACUCUUAAAUCGGCUGAACAUGCCGCUGCCAAAAUAGCAUUGGCUUCAUUGCGGCCACAGAGUCCUGAGGGAAUUGAUGUUGCAUACAAGAACCUGUUACAAGAGAUUGCUCAGAAAGGAAAUUCUCUGUUACCAGUUUAUGCAACUGUUACAUCUGGUCCAUCGCAUUUGCCAGUUUUUACUUCAACUGUUGAGUUUGCUGGGAAGGUCUUCAGCGGAGAAGAGGCAAAAACCAAAAAGUUGGCUGAAACGAGCGCUGCUAAAGUAGCAUUCAUGAGUAUCAAAACUGGGAACUCGAACCAGACCUCAUCGCCUUCUUUGCCUUGUGAGAGACAAGAAGCUGUAACUUCAAAUGUGAAGAGCAGUCUACAAGAGAUCCAGUCCCAACCUUCCGAGGUGCUGAUGACCCCUGAUGCCCCAGCAAAGUGUACUAAAGUGGAUGAAAAUGAAUUUCCAGAUCUUCAUAACGCACCAGCCAGUAAUGCUAAGGAGAUGAAUGUUGCUUUGCAUGUGCCUGAGAAUCCUACAAACGAUGGUACUCUUAAUGCACCAACUAGUGAUGAUAUGAAGAUGAAAAUUGCUGCUUCUUCUUCGCCUAGACCUCAGAAUCCUACAAACGUUGUUACUCCUAAUUCACCAGCUACGAAUGGUAUCAAGAGGAGCAUUGCAGCUUGUUCUUUGCGUAUGCCUCAGAAUCCCACAAUCGAUGGUAGAGAAGCUUCACCAUGUGUAGAUGAGAGUGAGAAGAAGAAGCUCAUAAUGGGAACUGGCCACCUGAGUAUACCAACUGGCCAACAUGUAUUUUGUCGUCCGUGGAACCCCGAGAUAACUCUUCCUCAAGACGCGGAGAUGCUCUUUAGGGAUGAUAGUUAUAUUGCCUAUCGUGUCAUGAAACCGUAAAGACAUCAAUAUUUGAUGCAUAAUAAGUGUGGAGAUAGAAUGGUAAGCUACGCUAUAUCUCAUAUGUUUGUAGCGAGAUACGAUGUUUAAUCGAAUAGGUAUAGGCUUUUGACUCUGGUUUUCUUCAGCAAUAACCUAGUGCUGUGUAAUGACUACUUAGUACUUUUUUUGUUUUGAAUGAUAUAUGGAUACUACUUAGUACUUGUGAUGA